CUCAAGUCGCAUCGAUGAUUCUGGGGCUUAACAAAUAAAAGUAGAUUUGACAAGAUAGAAUUAAAUUACGAGGUUCGCAAUGAUCCUGGUAGUAAUCGUUGCAUUAGUGAGCUUCGAUGCUGUACACACUACGGCAGCAGAAACAUACACGAUAAAGCGCGACGUACUUUUGUUAAGAGAGGAGCUGAAAAUCAUCAGAGAUGAUAUUCUAAAUAAAAGCCCCGCUGAUUUUAAAACAGAGGUGAAUAAUAAGAUGCAAUCGUUGGAUGACAAAGUUAGUGAAAUACUGAGAAAAUUAGAUUCUUCGGAUGAAGGCCGAGUGAUGUGGGGCGACUGGGGAGACUGGAGUGCAUGCGAUACGAGCAAAUGUAACAUUGUCUACAGAGAAAGGCCGUGCUUGGGGGAAGGUGGUAAUGAGCUCGACCCGUCACGUUGUACCAGAUUUGGAGGAAAACAUACUGACAAUAAGCAGUGCUGUGAUAUCGACGUAAAAAGCGAAUAUAAAAAGAUUUACUCUGGCAAUGGCUCGGUACCAGCUUAUAUUGUCAAAGCAACCGGCUCAAAUGUAAAAGUUGAGGAGAGGGAAAAGUUAUCGUGGGUAGUUUCUCUUAAGUUCAAGAAGUCGGGUGCAAGUGAUUACGAGCAUAGUUGUGGUGGGGUCAUUCUGAGUAACAUUUGGGUUCUAACAGCGGCCCAUUGUAUCACUAAAAGUGGUUGUUGGGACAAGACUGAGAAGAAAGUCACAUGUGAUAUGGGCCGGUGGAGGAUAGCUGCAGGCGAAUGGAAGCUGGAUAAAACUCACGACACUGAACAAAUAACGGGUUUGGAACACAUCGUUGUACACCAGAAUUACUCCGUGAAUCACUUUAGGGAAAUCGAAUACAUAAAUGACAUAGCACUCAUCAAACUUAACAGACCCUUGGAGUUUAUGUUCAAUCCAUUUGUUCAGCCAAGUCUUCUUCCUGCUAGGACGUGUAUCGAAGCAAUGGAUCGUAAAUGCUUAAAAACGCACCGGGACUUCGCAAUGAUGACUUAUUGUUUCACAACUGGAUGGGGAGAAGGUCCGAAUAAGAAGGUGACCAACAAAGGCAAUACAAUAGAGGUACAAAUUGAGGAAAACGAAAACCAUGCAAUUGUAAGAUCAGAAAGAAUAGAUAGAGAGAAAGUAAUUUGUAUGGGGUACAGCGGAAGUCCGUUGAUGUGUGAUGUAGACACGGCAACGAUGGACUAUAUACCUAACCAAAAAAUGGUUGUACUUGGUCUGAACAGCUACAUAUAUCCAUCCGGAUGUAUAAGAGGACCCACGAACUACACACAUACAUCUCUCGACUAUCAUAUGAAGUGGAUCUCGCAAACUGUCAUGGAAUGGAUCAAGUGGAGCCCGUGGAGCAGAUGUUUCAAGAAUAACAAGAGAUCCAGAUUGAGAUCUGGAUUUUUUCCUGAAUAUGGCUACCUGCCAGGUCAAGGACCGCUUUACCAGAGCUACCAAAGAGAUGUAUUGAAAAAGGAAGAGCAGAAUUGCACAAAUGGAGCCUGGACACAAUGGAAAGGCCUCACUGACUGUAGUGUGACUUGCGGAGUUGGAACUAUGUCUGAGAGUCGGACAUGCAUUCCUCCCGUUAAUGGCGGAAGGAACUGUAUUGGAAAAUCAUCAAAGAUCAUAUCAUGUGAAAAACGUCCAUGUUUUAUUUCUACCCCAAACGACCGGAUGUAUCGCCAUCAACCAAUAAAUGUCACAGGAAAGAAUUUUAUCAAGUUCAAUGUAAAGGCAUGUCACGAUGCUCAUGUGAUCCUACAACAAAAGAAUGGGAAUACAAAUGAUAAAGGAUAUGAUGUCUUACUUCAUGGGAGAAAAUUGAAUCCUCAAUCCGGUAUACGUAAUACACAACUGACCAAGUUUGAAAUUUCAUACAAAGGUUCAACGUUGAGUUGUAGCGAGAUGAGGCCAUUUUGGGUUAGUUGGGCCAACGGUAAUAUUCAAGUCGGCAGAGGGCAUGUGUAUGGAGAAGAUUUCUUGAUGGGUUGGCAAGAUCCUAUUCCAAAUGAUAUAGACGAAAUCAAUUUUAUUACAGACAAUGGAGCAAAUGGUACAUGGGAAGACAAAGGGGCUAAUCUAUUGAUCCAUGAUCCAGUCGAAUCUAGAUACAUCAGAACUCCAGACUAUUUUGGAUAUCGCCAUGUACCGAUAGAUAUCAGUGGAAAAAACUAUAUUAAAUUCAAAGUGGAGGCAUGUAAUGAUGCACAUCUAGAACUUCAAGAGACGCCUUAUGUCACAAAUAAGAACAAUUAUGAGAUUGUUCUAAACGGAUGGUCACGGAAUCCUAAUUCGGGUAUACGUGACAAGCCAGAAGGUUCGCUUAAGGUCUCUCAUAGAGGUUCCAUAUUGAAUUGCACUGAAAUGAUGCCAUUUUGGGUGAGUUGGAUGAACGGAGACGUUCAAGUUGGAAAGGGACAUGCAAUUGGGCAGAAUAUAAUUUUAGCUUGGCAAGAUCCAACCUCGCAUGUCGUUAAUGCACUUAAUUUCGUUACUGGGUUCGGAGCGUCUGGAACAUGGGAAAUUGUUGAUAUAGGUUCAAGCCUAUUGAUAUAUGAUCCGUUCGAAUCUAGAUACAUCAGAACUCCAGACUAUUUUGGAUAUCGCCAUGUACCGAUAGAUGUCAGCGGAAGAAACUAUAUUAAAUUCAAAGUGGAGGCAUGUAAUGAUGCACAUCUAGAACUUCAAGAGACGCCUUAUGUCACAAAUAAGAACAAUUAUCAGAUUGUUCUAAACGGAUGGUCAUGGAACCCUAAUUCGGGUAUACGUGACAGGCCAGAAGGUUCGCUUAAGGUCUCUCAUAGAGGUUCCAUACUAAAUUGUACUGAAAUGAUGCCAUUUUGGGUGAGUUGGGCAAACGGAAACGUUCAAGUUGGAAAGGGACAUGCAAUUGGACAGAAUACGUUCUUAGCUUGGCAAGAUCCAACUCCGCAUGUCGUUAAUGCACUUAAUUUCGUUACUGGGUUCGGAGCAUCUGGAACGUGGAAAAUUGUUUAUGAAACAUGUGCUGUUGGGCAAGUGGAAUUCAACUCAGCCUGCUACCUAAUAACUACAGAGAAGAAGACUCAAAAAGCUGCCCAGGCUGUAUGUCGGGCACACAGAGGUCAUCUGACAUCCAUCCUAUCUGCAAAUGAGAACGCAUUUCUUGCUGUUGAGUUAGAGAAAACGUUCAGAGAAACCAGCCUUGAACAUUUUUACAUUGGCUUAUCAGCCAAAGGUAAUAACUACAACCAAUGGUCUGAUGGCAAUGACGUGGUUUAUACGAAGUGGAGCAAAGGCGAGCCAUCAACUGAAGGAGAGGAGUGUGUCACAGUUGAGAGAUAUGGUGGUUUCGAGUGGCAUGAUAUUGCCUGUGUUCGAUCUGAAGCUUCUAUUUGUAAAUCCAAACUCUAUGUGGAAGACUGUAGUCAACAUUCAGAUGGUACAGCAUAUAUCGCCACCAGUGACUUGAACACAUUUCAAACCAAAUGCAAAGGUGGAUGGUUAGUAUUUGCGAAUAGGUUUGAUGGGUCGGUGGACUUCAACAAGAACUGGACUGAGUAUAGGAAUGGAUUUGGCAAUAUAGACGGAGAAUACUUCCUUGGUUUGAAAAACAUUCGCUCAAUUUUGAAGCAGGGGAAAUACAAACUCCGGGUUGAGCUUACUGCUUGGCCGGAACAACAAAGCCAAACUCGAUAUGCAGAUUACAGUGAUUUCAACAUAGGCAGCGAGGACAACGGUUUUAAAUUAACAGCUCUUGGUUAUUCAGGAACUGCACGGGACAGUCUAUAUCAUAGUUAUACCAUGAAAUUUUCCACUAAAGAUGUAGAUCAUGAUACAGUUGGACAUGGCAGUUGUGCUCAUAUGUAUUCGGGGGCAUGGUGGUACAACCGCUGCACACGGGCUAAUUUGUUUGGCAAUUAUAUGAACACUUCACAGUGUUAUGCCCCAAAUAGAUGCAUAUUUUGGUGGUUCUGGCCAGAAAAGAUAGGUAACCCAGAUAAUGCCUAUUAUUCAUUCAAAGAAAUGAGGAUGAUGUUGACACCACUGUAAUACCAGGUGUAUAUGAUAUGCCGAUGUAUUUAAGUACCAUUUUAUUUUGAUUUUUCCAUCGUAUAUUGAUUUGAGGGAGGAGUACAUCAAAAGGUAUUAUUACACUCUACCAUCACAACAAAAGUCUAUCAGUUUUUAAAAGGUCCUCAGGAGGAAUUAAUGAAUUAUGUAACUUAGCAACUUUCUGCUAUAGAGCAUUUAAUUUAAGAAAAGAACUCCUAAGUGUAAAACAUGUUUUGUACUAUUUUCUGUAAAACCAUGGGCCUGAGGCCUUUAUUUGUUUGAAAAUAAACUUAACAAACAAACAAUUUAUAUCCCUAUUUAAAGAGACCGCAACAAACUACAUGCACUCAAGUCCUGCAGCUAUUAGCCUGUCUUUGCAAAUGCAAUGCGUAAAUUGUAACUACUAUAAAU